ACUCGCCAUUGGGCACAAUUCAGUCAAAAUCACCUUAUCCACGCAGAUCGAGUCAAUGCCUUCUCCCUCCUCCACUCUCCUAUAUUUCCUCCUCCCCUCUCUUCUCCGCCACAUCUCUCUCGCUCUCUCUCUCUCUUUUACUCAGUCGUCACCAUGGGCAGGUCGCCCUGCUGCGAUAAGGCGCACACAAAUAAAGGAGCCUGGACGAAGGAGGAAGACCAGAGGCUUGUAUCCUAUAUCCAGGCUCAUGGAGAAGGUUGCUGGAGAUCACUCCCCAAGGCUGCAGGUUUAAUGCGUUGUGGGAAGAGCUGUAGGCUCCGUUGGAUAAACUAUCUUCGGCCGGAUCUUAAGCGCGGGAACUUCACUGAGGAGGAAGACGAGCUCAUCAUCAAACUUCACGGCUUCCUUGGAAACAAAUGGUCACUCAUCGCCGGCCGGCUUCCGGGGAGAACAGACAAUGAAAUCAAGAACUACUGGAACACGCACAUCAAGCGGAAGCUCUUCAGCCGCGGCAUCGAUCCCCAAACUCAUCAUCCCAUCACCGCGGCGACCGCCGCUUUUCUAACUUCCCCGGAGAUUUUCUCAGCCGUGCCGGAAACCACCGAUACGUCCGAUAACAAGUGUCACAGUGAUAGCUGCUCUGGCGGCGGCAGUCCAAACUACGUUGACCUCAACCUCGACUUGUCAAUAAGCCUCCCUUACCAUUCGUCGCCGCAUCCUUCGCCUUAUUUCGAUGACUCGUCGACGGCGGCGGCGGUGAGAACACCGGAGAUAUGCUUUUGCCGCCGUUUGGGAUUCCGCGGCGGUGAGGCCUGCGUUUGUGAAUCGCUUAAGGAGCACCUUGUUUUAAGAUUAGCUAUAAGUAAUUAGCUAUAAGAUGUAUUCCUCUUUUUUUUUUUUUGGAACGGAGAAAGGAAAAUUUUUGGGGAAAAA